CGGAAAUUCACUGGAAGAGGGUUAACAUAGGCCACCAGCCCUGUAUCCUCAACCAAUAAAUCCGAACCUGAAAUCUGAAAUCUUUCUGAUGCUUUUGAGGUUCAAGGUCGUCCAGGCAGAAGGCGCUAGACUUUCUGGUUUGUUACAUUGUUUUUUAAAGUUUCUGAUUAUAGAUUUCUGUCCGAAAUAAUCCUACUAGGGCGUUUUGUCUUAUUAAUGGCUUUUUGAUUCUAGUUUUCCUGGUAUGCACUGAAUGGUUGGUGGAAUACACUCAGGUACAUAAGUACUGCCUCAGCCGUAUCCUGAGUAGUCGAAUUAAAGGGGAGAAAUAACCCUAAAAUUGGGUCUAUAUAGGGUAGGCCUUGUACUAAAAAUAUUAAACAAUCAACAAACUAGCUUAUUCACUACAUUCACGUUAUACUAGUUAAGUGGUAAUCGCGAUAGUGCGGAAAUAAUCGAUUAUUUCCUAGGAUCCUAGGAAAUAUGACAACCCAUGCUGAUGAAAACGUUUUUGGGGGUGGGGGCAUUUCGAGGGAUAGACGUUGUACUUUCCCUAGAAUUUUAUGACGAAGUUAAACUUUAAGCCUCAUCAUGUACCAACGGACAAAUGACCUAGAACACAUCAACCUCUUGAUUAGGGCUAUUUUGUCUUUAAGAUACAUAUAUUUAUUAUUUAUUUAUUAGAAGGCAUGGAACAGAAUACCUUCCUCUGAAGUGUCACAAAAAUACUCCUUAGUCUUAGAUUGGAGUAUCAGUAGAUUACUUUGACCGUAUUCCAUGCACGGAAUGAUUUAGACCUAGGUAGGUCUUCUAACCCUAACAAUAACAUUAAUCUCUCCAUAACCUGACCCUGACGUGAAUAUGUUCCUAAACUAACCGCAAUCUAACUCAAAACAACCUUCACAUCGCCCCUAUUAAGUUUACCUAACCUUAACUCUUAUCCUAAACCUUAACUUCAUCUUUCCCGAACCGAAGCUGAAACAUCCCAGAUAUCCCACUAAUGCUUACUAUAUAAUAUACCAGGUUUCACUAACUUUCUCACUGCAUGUGUCAGGAUCAUUGGUUUGGUUGUAUUCUACUGGUACAUACCGGUGCCUAAGUUUCCCCGUAAUUCUUCAUCUGAUAAGAAUCUCACACAAGUUUUUACUCAUGAAUCUUAAUAACAGCUACAAGGAUGUAAAUCCAGAGACUGGUGAAGAGAUAAAACGCAAUGAAUAUCGUAAAAUGGGAAUUUAUGACUUUGUCCGACGAGAUAUUGAACGGUUUUUUGCACAUCCAGAAGAAGCUAUUGUUUCGCCUCAGUUAACACAACCUCAGUUGCCAAAAGCACCACCUGAAUUCGUUCGCAAUGUAUGGGGAUCUGCUGCUGGUGUUGGCAGUGGAGAUUUUCAUAUCUACAGGGGGAUUAGACGCAGAGAGUAUGCUCGUUUAGAAUUGAUUGAAAAGACUGCAGAAGAGGAACUUUUAGAUAAAGAGUUUCAACUCAGACAAAAAGAACUACAAGAUUUAGCUGCUGAAAAAACAGCUAAAAAACGAGCUAAACGUCAGAUGAAAAAGGCGAAGAGAAUAGCCAAACGAAAGUUGAAAUCACAAUCUAAAUCUGGUGAAGAUAGUGAUGAUGAUGAUGAUUGUUCAGGGCAACAAGUGGAAGAAGUAAUGGAAACAGAAAAUAGUGAACUUGAUGCGGUCGAGGAGAAAUCUAAAGAACAGUGACACAUCUAACUUGAUCCAUAUAUACUUGUAAAUAUUGUUUUAUAUGAUACAUUCUUACUAUUUAUGAUUUUAUUCUUUGCCCUUUUUUGGAUGGAUUAUUAGCUACACCUUCUGUAAGGUUUUUAAAACGUUUAUCUAAAUAUAAUGCGACUCAAUAUGUGUCAGUUCA